AUGCCCUCGCGGCUCGGAGCGCCUCUGAGCCGGUUGAGAGCCGCCUUGGGUCCCUUGCGUGAGUCCUCGCUCAAAGAGGCGGAGAUCGGCGUUUGGAGUUCCGUUCGCUCGCAAUUGGACGGCGCGGCAGACCGAUCGGCCGCCGUCUCUCUGCGGGAUUGCUUCGGAGCUGCCUGGGAACUCUCGGCAUGGGCGGUGAAGAGAUCAGUUCAGACAAUCGAUGCGGGCGCCAGACUUGCCCGAGGGGAAGGACGGAUGCUUUGGUGGGGAUUGAACCCAACUGGUGGGGUGGCGGGGAUCGGCGUUCAGGGAGGGUUGCGCGAUUUGUGCGGAGAGCAGGGCGGGGGGCGGGUGGCUAAGGUUGGGGUUGUCGCUGGCAAAGUGCUGGCUGCUGAUCGAUCCAACGAGUCCGCGAGGAUGACAUUCGCGGCGGCCAUUUCAGCGGUUGCCGGCAAGGGGGGGCCGGGGGGUGCGGAGAAAUGGAAUGCACAUGGUUUGGCGCGGAGAGGCGGCUUUGGCAUUCCGAAUUGCGGGGUUUCUGAGGGGCGAAUGAUCAUGGCGAGUGCUGGAGUGGGGGAGAGGUUUGGGUAUUCCAGCGCCACCCAUGGUGGCGAACCCAUUGCAGCCCAUGGCGGGGAACCGAUUGCCACACUUGGCGGCGAUCCCGUUGCUACCCAUGAACCAGGGAGGCCCUUCGCCCAGAUGGCCUUUCAGGAUGCCAACUUGACCCAUAAGGGAUCCAAGACGGGGGAGUUUGUGGUGCAACAACAGCAAGAGGUGCCAGUCCAAGCGUAUUUCAUUGGUCAUAAAAUAGACAUCAAUGGUGUGGCCAGUGACCCAUGGUUCAUUACACUGAGAAAGGCCUCUGGGAGGGACCACGUCAUUUUCGAAGUGUCCAAGAAAGGAGAACAUGUUGCCAUGGUGCAUACCCUUCCGAGCAGAAAACAUGGUGGGACAUACCACGGCGGCGACAUGCACCUCAUUGUCGUUUCACCAGUUGUGGGAAACCUUCGUCUUCUUCUUCUUCUCCUGAGCAGAAGGGUGCAUGCGACUUUUUCCCUUGUCAUGAAGAUGAGGUGGAAAUCUCCAGGUGCAAGAGGAUCAUCGAAAACACAGCCAAGCGAUGAGCACAUGCGCUCAGAGGCGGCAGGGGUGGUAUGGGGUGGGGCUUAG